AUGGAAGAGAAAAUAAUGAAAAAAAUAAAAUGCUAUUGCCCUGAUAAUAAAAUAGAAACAGCACCACUGGGAAUCUUAAAAACGAGCCAAAUACAACUAAUCUUUAAGUUUGAAUAUUUAAAUAUUGCAUGUGAGGUUUCACAUAAUAAAAUAUUCCAAAAUAAAGGUCGAAAAUUAAUUAUGUUCCUAAAUAUAUGUAGGAUAUGUAGAAGCUGCUUAAUUGUAAACCUGCGAAUAAUGCCAAUACUGAAUAACACAGAGGAUGUAGGCUCCUUUCAAAAUAAGAUUUUAUUAAUUUUUGAGUAUGAUUUUAUUAAAAUGAAUAUAGGCUGGUUAUUUGA